UAGUCACUCAGAUUCCAGAUUUCCAGAUAGUAGGUAGAAGUAAAUUCUGUAAAAUUGUAAUUAUUUGUUUUGUUGUAUUUAUUUUUCUAAAUUUGUUUGUUUUUGGUAAAAGAAGAUGAUAAAUAAUGAGCGUCAGAAGAAAUUGAAUGAAUUCGGCCGGAAAGUGAAUACGGCCAAUUGGUAUAUUGGCAUAUCGGCAUAUCAGGAGAGAAACAUAUUCGAAUUAUCUGGCAGCUUGCGUGAUGAUUACGAACAGGGUAGCAGUUUCCGUGUACACAAGUGCUUACAGGAAUUUGGACUGACACCUUUGUUGAGCAAUAAGAAAAUUUUAGCCCUGGUCCAAAUGAGUCGUGGCAAUGAUUUGGCCUUUCUCUUCUUCCUGCUCGAAGGCGUGUACAAAACGCCGCGUGAAGAUGGUGAAUUUAGUAACAAUGAGAAGCUAUUGAUGAUAGCCAUAGCCAAGUUGGAUCUAUUGCCAACUUUGAGGGAAUUGGAUCGCAUAUUGCCACCGCCACAGUAUGGAAAAUUUGAGGUUCAGCAUACGGAAAGACAAACGGAAAUUGAGCUGAAAGAGCUUUCGUUGCGUUUGAAAAAUAUGAAGAACUAUCAACCGAUCGAAGAGAAAAAGUUCACAAAAAAGAAGACUUACAUUUUGCCAUACUUUGAGCGCUUAGUGCGACCUAAACGGGUUCCAUCAAAGCUGACAAGUCGUCCACAGGAUAUGGUUGUCGCAUUUCGCUUCUGGAAACAUAAAGAACGUCCAGAUUAUGGUAGACAAACCGAAGCACCAUGGUUUACACAAUUCCAAUUGAAUCCCGUAACUCGUUUGAUUCGAACCCUUGUUUGCGAGGUGGUCGAUAAAUUUCUAGAUGUCGAUGAACUGAUUGGUAAAGCAGUCAAAGAUGGCCCCGGCCUAAUUGACUUCAAGGACAAUGUCGAUGGCGAGCCAAGUUUAUGUCUCUAUCAUAAAAGCAUCGAGGAUAAUACACAACUUCUGAAGGAUGAACUCACUGUUAAGGCUCGGGAUCGUUGUUUGGAAAUGUAUAACAUCAAUAUUGGCAGAGAGCGAGAGACUAAGAGACGUAAGGCAAGAAUUAUAGCCCAACUAGAGCACGAUAUCAAGGAGUGCAUGGAAAGAAAUGCGGCUGCCUUGAAGACUGACUUACAAAAAGUUCAUACCAUCUCUCAUGGCGAUUGUGUGAUAAAAGAGAAACAUAUUCCCAUACCCCGAGCCUCGAUAGACCAACAGAGAGAAGGUAGAGCUCUAAUUGGCUCCUGCACAAACUUAGCCCACACAGUGGUAACUCAAAAGAACGAAAAAGGCCGACAAAUUGUUGAUAGCUUCUUUGAGAAAAUUGAUUUCAAAGAUCUCCAGCCUGAACUAUCCUGCAACAUAAAGCCGCCGGUACUUCAAGAUAAUUCCACAUUGAGUAAGAUAAUUGUAGAAGUGCCAGCCGAAAAACCAGCAAAGGGCAAAGGUAAAGGCAAAGGUAAAGGCAAAGGCAAAGGCAAGGGUAAAAGAAAGAAGGGCGGCGCUGAAAAUGAAAUCCAUUGUGAUAAUGAAACUACAAAUCUAGCUAGACGUCUCUGUCCACAAUCUGUGAGCAUAGUAGAUCAACCCUGUGGCGGACAUAAUUGUCGUGCCAUUCUCAUAGCUGGUGGCAAACUAAAACCCAAUGAUCCCGACACGGAACCCAAGUGUAAUGUUAUCCUUGUGAAGAAUCAAACAAGGAAAAGUUUCUUUCGCGCCGCCAGUAGCCAGGGACCGUACAAAUUUAAAUAUCAUCGCAUUUUUCAAACUGCUCCGAAACCCUACGAUCUAAAGAAGCAUAUAGCAAAAACAUUUGUCAAGGCUCUGGGUCGACCACCCACAGAAGACAAGGGCAAUUAUUUGCUACAGCAGCAGAGUUCAACUCGAUUCAGAGUACCCGAGGUGACCAGUCAAGAUACGGACUAUUUGGAUAAGCCAAGCUGUUCUAGUGAAACAACUGAUGCCUCCAGCGAGCACAGCGGGGAGAGUCAUAUCGAUUAUCAGGCCAAUGUCGUCGAUGCCGUUGUCAAGUGUGUGAAACAAAUUUGGCAGCACAAGGAAGCCGUUAAGCGCUUAGAAAUGGAGAGAGCCAAAAAACAAGCGGAGCCAACUCUGCUCAAAUACGAGAUUACCCACUUUGAUCCGGAUGAUGACGAACUAAUGGAUCGUUUGCUAUUCGAUGGCAUGAAAGAGUUGCAAAAGGAUCAACGUUAUGUUUUGGCCACUUUGCCAGAGUCGCACAAGUUACCAUCCCUAAGGGAGUGGAUCAAGCGUCGUUUUGGCAAAUCGUAUACCCAAAAGGAAUUAAAUGAACAUCUCGAAGAGUCCCAGCGUGUAUUUGAAGUAGUCCAAACAAUGCAAAGUAGUCCACCUGAACCGGAUUUAAUGGGUCUUGACAAAAUAUCCGCUAAAAAGUCAACUUUUGCCAAUUUCAAAGCAAUUCACGCUUUGGGCGUGAAAGUCAAAAAAGCAUAUUGCGAGAAACUCAAUCAAAUUUACAUGGAGCAAAUGAAUGCCUGUUGGUAUGCCAUGGGCAAUUACAGAAAUCCUGGUGGACCGCCGCGUAAAAUCUUUUACGCCUACAUGUCCUCGAAUCCGCGAGAUAUUAUCCGCCAGCAUGUUUGGAACGGUGAAUUCCGGAACUAUAAGCAAAUUCGUGACUUGUCAAAAUCAAAUGUUGAAUCCUAAUCCGUAUCGAGAUACCAUGAAAAAUAUAAUUAUCUUUAUGUUGCUCAUUUUUAUCUUUAUAAA